AUGUUCGCUUUUCGCACCUCCUUUAACCGGUUACGGGGUGUCGGUAUCGGCACUUUUUGUGUUGUUAGCGGUACUGUCUCACACGGCUGCAAAUGCCGAAACGGUUUGCAGAAUGACGUGAAUGCUGAGAGGGUUAAGUUGUAUUUCACACACUUCCACAUGUGCCUUGGUGAGUACUCGGUGAUAUGUUUAUGUAACAACUCGUUUGUGUGUGUGUGUGUGUUUGUGUGA